AUGAGUCUGCCGGUGUCUAACUUUGGGUUGCUUGGGGAGAGUAUCUCUUGGCCCCCGGGGUUCGUCGCAAUACAGCGCAUGCCAGGGAGCGCCGCCCAUGGUGGGACUUGGCUCGUCAAGAAUGAUGUAAUUGCACAAACGGAAGAACUUGAGAAGCACAAGGCCAAGCUGGAAGAAGCCCUUGCUCGUCUAGAUAUUGGUAUCGACCAAGCAGCACAGGAAUUAGAAGAAGAACAAGAUGAGGCCUUUGAAGACGGUGAUAAUUAUGAAGAUGAAAUGGACUACGCAGAGCGAUUUAAUCCACACGACCGAGAGGACCCGGAGGUGCUGCUAGAGGAGCGACAACAGCUCAAGACUGAUAUUGAAGAUCAACUGGACGAAGUCCGAGAGAAGCUCGAACAGCUGGAGUCUAGCAGUUUGAACUUCACGUGGGAGCGCCGGGAACUGCCCAUUGCACUUAGACGAUUGGAUAAGCCCUGGGAGGACUUCAACCACGAGUUACUAGUCCAGGCCCAUUUGGAGGCACGUGCCCUUGCAGCGGCAGAAAAAGAACGGCUCGAAAAAGCAGCAAAAAAGGCCGCCAAGAAAGGGAAGAAGGUAGCAGCUCCGAAGGUGGCUCCAAUCGAGCGAGAUGUUCCAACAUUUUUCUGUGCCAAAGUUGUGGACCCAGGAGCCGCAGUGGCAGCCGAUGGACGGGUUUUUCAGUACAGCGACGCUGCAUUUGACCAUGAAGGGGCCAAGACCUUGGUCAAGGAAGUGGAGGUCUUUAUGCGUUUUUGCUGGCGGUACAUAGUGGAAAAGGGGAAGUUCAAUUUUGAGCAAGUCGGGCUGCUACCGGUGGUUCACACCGCUACUGUCAGCCACGCCCAUGUCAGUUUGAAGAGCUUCUCAGAAGCGGCAAUUAUCACGCCUUUAAUGCAGAAUGGCAGUGUCGGAGCGGUUAUAAAGGCUCUUGCGGGCAAGAAGAACACGUACGCGUACAAGGCGGAUCUACUACUGGCGAAUGCGAAAACCCUUAUACUGUGUUUAGCUUUUCUCGAACACCACGGAGUUUACCAUGGGAACAUCCAUCCGAACAAUAUUUUUGUUUCGGACGACGGUUUUCGUCUUCUCAUUGGCGAUUUUCUCCCUCCAAGUGAAUUCAAGCGCUGGCUUGUACAAGUGGCCAAAGGCUUAGGCGCUGUGCCUGCCUACUGCUCACCUGAGUAUUACACCGCACUGGCUGAUCGGCGGAUCCAGCGGGCAGCAGUUUACACAAAGACCCUUUCUCCACACAAGCACGACGUUUUUUGUCUGGGGCUUGUGUUCUUGCAACUUGCAACGCUUCAGAAUGUUGUGACAUAUCGGGACAAACCAAAAAAGUUAAUGGCUGCCUUGGAGAAACUUCAAAACACCAACUCGCCUGCAGCGCCAGAACUUGCGGCGUUACUGGGCCGUAUGCUCACCAUGAAUGCCGUAGAUCGACCCCUUUUUAGGGACUUGGUAGACGCACAAGACCGCUGGACGCUGCAGGCUUCGGAUUGGGUACGCGGAGCUGCUGGGCUACUUGGCUUCGGGCAGCCCCUGGCUGAGGAACUGUAUCUUGACAAGUCCCUGACUCCCGCGGGCAUGGGGGCACAAACCAGGCCAGCCAAUCCCAAGAAGGAAAAGGAUGAGUCCAGCUGCGCAGUGAUGUGA